AUGUACGACCUCGCCCGGGAGGAGGUUGAUUCGUUGCGGCUCGUGCGCAUUUUCUGCGAUGUCAAGAAAGAGACGGGCAAGAUUGGCAAAGCACCUGUUUGGAAUUACAAAAAGUGCAGCGUUGUGCGGGCCGAGUACACCAGACAUGAUAUGCGCAACAAGGAUUACCCGUCGCCUCGCGCGGCCGCGGCUUUCCGCUCCUCCGACAUUGCCGCCAACCUCGAGCAGAACCUCGAGCAGCUCACCAUCGACCCGCCGAGCCACAUGGAGCAGGACAUGGGCACCCCGCUCCCGGAGCUGCGGCGAGCCGAGUGCCAGGAGGGCCAGCUCGCCUCCACGCAGGGCGCCGUCCGCAUCAACAGUGCGCGGGCACGCGGGCACCCUCGGUAUUGGCAUUCCGCGUGCGUGAACUCACCCCUGGGGACCGCGGACAACGUUGAGGGGCUGCGGGACCUGACGGCCGAGCAGCAGCAGGUCGGCGCCCCGUUUCUGGACACGUCUGCCCCCGCCGCUGCCCCGCCCGCUGCUCCGCCCGCUCCCGCAGACAGGGGAUCAGCGCCAGUUCCCCGGGCGGCGGCAGUGGCCGAGGACACCGCGGGUGAUCUGGAAAACCACGCGAGCCUGGCCGGCCUGCAGCAGCUGCGACACCUCGAGCGGUGGAGCGGGUCGCCACCGGAGGCCCUGGGCCGCCUGUACAAUUCCACCGAGGCCCUCCAGGACGUGCCAGGCUCCCUGAAGCUGGCCGUCGGGAAAGCGCGGGGGGCCUCCGCCCAGGCUGUGCUCAACGCCACCACCGACGAGACGAAGCUAGGUGCCUGGAAGUGUUUUCUCGCCUUCGACCGGAUGAUCUUCGGGGAGCUGUUCGAGGAGGGCAGGGUGUUGUCGCGCAGCGUGGCUGAGAGGGUUGCCGGCCGUCUCCGCUAUUUUUGGGAUGGCAGAUGGGAGGCCCUACUCUGGGACACAGCUGUGUCCACUAAAGCCGCAGCUGGAUCCAACACCAUGGGCACGACGGUGCGGGAGGUCCGCCGGCUACUGCUGAAGGGUGAGAUCUCCCGGGCUGCCUCUGCAGCGUGGGGGCCUGGCCGGUGGGCUGUAGCUGCGGAUGCGCUCCAGGCGUUCGGGCAGCAGCAGAAGCCGCCGACACGGGCCCAGGCUUACCUGACGAACAAGUGGACCAAGACAGUCCGAGGCGCUGGCGCGGAGGUGCAGGGCGACCGUUUUGAGCACUGGCAGCCGCUCGCGCACCUUGAGGCACUGGGCGCGGCCACAACGGCAAUGCCCUCGCUGCUCCUGGGGGGCGCCGUCCCGGCGGAGGCCCUAGACGUGGCACUGGCAGGCAAGCUGUCGGGCACAGCCAAGAAUCACGGCGGCACGGCCGAGUGCACCGUCCGCUACGACAGCAUCCGCAGGGCUGUCUCCGAGCUCCAGGUUGGGGUCGCUGUCCCGUGUGGGCUCGGGGCGCUGCACAAGAGCAUCUCCUCCGAUGCAGAGCAAUGCCCAGACUUGGCCUUCGUGUCGCUGGACCUCAGCGCGUUCACCCGCCUGCGUCGGAGGGCGGUGCUGCGCCGCGUGCGGGAGCGCUGCCCGGAUCUGGAGGGCCUGGUGGUGCAGUGGUACAGCCGCGCGACGGUGCACUCAGCUGCGGAGGCCGGCGAGGUGUCCCACCUGGUGGAGCAGCAAGAGGGCCUCGACCAAAGGUGCCCCAUCAGCCCGGCGCUUUUUAGCAUCGCCCUGGCCCCGGAGCUCUACGCUUUGCGGGACUUCCUGCGCACCCUGGACCUCGCUGCAAGGCGUGGGCUUACCUGGGCGACGCCUACCUGA